CCCUCCUCUCCCCUCCACACAAACUAACGGCAUAUUCCUCUCUCUCUCUCUCUCUCUCUCUCGUCGAGUGCUUUUUUCUCGGAGACAAAAGCUCCUAAAUAGGUUCGCUCAAUCCACAGCUGUUCUGUUGUUUCGCUUCGGGAUUUCCUAUGCGAUCGAAGCUUACAAACACUCCCCCGGCUGCUCCCCAGUCUCUGACGCUGUCGCCGGAUAUUUGCUGCUGCUUUUGACCUUGCCGGAGUCUGAGAUUUUUCCGAGUCCUUCGAUUGCCGAGAGGAAUGGUGGCGAAGAUGAUGAGGUGGCGCCCCUGGCCACCUCUGCCGACGAGAAAGUACGAGGUGAGGCUGGUGGUGAGGAGGCUGGAGGGGUGCGACCCCCUGCCGGAGGGGAGACUAGCUGUCGAGGUCCGGUGGAAGGGCCCCAAGGUGGCCCUGAUGAGCUCCCUGAGGCGGACUGCUGUGAAGAGGAACUUCACGCGGGAGGAAGGGUUGGGGGGAGAUGGCUUCGUCGUGUGGGACGAGGAGUUUGAGAGCCUAUGCGCUUUGUCGGCCUGCAAGGAGAAUGUCUUCCACCCCUGGGAGAUCGCUUUCACUGUCUUCAAUGGCCUUGACCAAGGGACGAAGAGCAAGGUACCUGUUAUUGGUACAGCUUCAGUAAAUCUUGCGGAAUACGCCUCUGUGGAAGUACAGAAGGAAUUUGAAUUGAGUAUUCCUCUCACAAUCCAGAAUAGUUCUUCAGAUACUCCUCCAUUGUUAAGCUUAUCUCUAAGCUUAGUGGAGCUGAGAACCUCUCAGGAGACUGUGGACCCAGAGCAGCGGUCAAUUGUUCCUAUUCGUGAUUCAUCAAGCAGUGGGGAACCUGUUGCAGCUGAAAAGGAUGAGCUCUCCACUCUAAAAGCCGGCCUUAGAAGGGUCAAAAUAUUUACGGAGUAUGUCUCUGUUAGAAAGGCGAAAAAACCCUGCUGCGAAGAAGAUUCCAGUGAGGGCCGUUACUCAGGUAAGAGCGAGGACGGAGAGUAUAGCUACCCUUACGACACUGAGUCACCCGAUGACUCCGAGGAAGGAGAGUCCGAGGAUGGAAAGGAGAGCUCCUCUGUGAGGAAGUCCUUUAGUUAUGGAACCCUUGCUUAUGUGAAUCAUGCUGGGGGCUCAUUCUGCUCAAACAGAAGGAUUGAUGGCGAAGAUGAGGACUGGGUUUACUAUAGUUACCGAAGAUCUGAUACGGGAAGCUCAUUGCAGAAUGAGGAUCCUGUUGCAUCGGCUUCUCAGCUGGCGCAUCUGAAUGGUUCAAAGCGUGGAAUAUUGUCUUGGAGGAAGCGGAAGCUUAAUUUCAGGUCCCCUAAGGCCAGGGGAGAGCCGCUGCUGAAGAAGGCCUAUGCUGAAGAAGGUGGAGAUGACAUCGAUUUUGAUCGGCGUCAACUUAGCUCUGAUGAAUCUCUUGCUUUUGGGUGGCAUAAGAUGGAUGAGGAUUCAUCUGCACACCGGUCCUCAGUGUCUGAAUUUGGAGAGGACAAUUUUGCCAUUGGCUGUUGGGAGCAAAAGGAGGUUAUAAGUCGUGAUGGGCAGAUGAAGCUCCAGACUCCGGUAUUCUUUGCCUCCAUCGACCAGCGGAGUGAAAGGGCUGCUGGUGAGAGUGCUUGCACUGCUCUCGUGGCUGUCAUCGCUGAUUGGUUCCAAUCAAACCGAGACCUAAUGCCCAUAAAGUCUCAAUUUGAUAGUCUGAUCAGAGAUGGGUCACUGGAGUGGAGGAAUCUUUGCGAGAAUGAAACUUAUCGGGAAAGAUUCCCCGACAAGCACUUUGACCUCGAGACUGUUCUCCAAGCCAAGAUUCGGCCGCUAGCUGUUGUUCCUGGGAAGUCAUUCAUCGGUUUCUUCCACCCUGAUGGGAUGGAUGAGGAGGGUUUCGAUUUUCUCCGCGGGGCAAUGUCAUUUGAUGAAAUCUGGGAUGAGAUCAGCCGCUCGGGAUCAGAGUGCCCCAGUAAUGUUGAGCCUCGUAUUUAUAUUGUCAGUUGGAAUGACCACUUUUUCGUCCUCAAAGUCGAAUCGGAAGCUUACUAUAUAAUUGACACAUUGGGGGAGAGGCUGUAUGAGGGUUGCAAUCAAGCUUAUAUCCUCAAAUUUGAUGAGAACACAACAAUCUCCAAAAUGCCAAAGGUUGAGAAAUCUUCCGAGGAGAAAACCUCGAGCUCAGGAGAACCCAACAGUCAGCAGCAACAGGAGAACGCGAGUCCCAGGGAAGAGAGUGCCGGGGAUGUUUUGAGCGAGGAGAGUAAAGAGGAGGAAGUGGAGAUUGUGUGCCGAGGAAAGGAGUCAUGCCGGGAGUACAUAAAGAGCUUCUUGGCAGCAAUUCCCAUAGGGGAACUUCAGGCAGAUAUGAAGAAGGGCCUGACAAUGGCUUCAGCUCCACUUCAUCACAGGCUUCAGAUCGAAUUCCACUACACUGGAAUCACACAGCAGCUAGCGGUCACCCCGAUAGUUGAGACUGAAAGCAAAGAGGAUAUUAUCGAGGCUGCAGCAGUGGAGGAAGAAGCAACCAUUGGAAUUAUGCAGCAGCUCGAGGUUACCCCGAUGGUUGGGACUGAAGGCAAAGAGGAAAUUAUCAAGGCCGCAGCAGCAGAGGAAGAAACUUAGGUAACUUUCAGGAGUCCAGUAACUGUAUAGAGGGACGACAACUACUGACAUGUUCUGUUUCGUUACAAAAUGAGCGGUCUAUAUUAAUGAUGUCAAGGCGUGUUAUCCCUGUUAGAGAGAAGGAAACUAAUCUGAGAUUUCGAGCGAGCGGUGUAAGAAAAACUUGCCGGGCUCCUCCCUUUGUUCAGUGCCUAAAUGCUAAUUUCAUCUUUUAUCCCUGAUCAUAUGUCUUGAGUCUCUUUUCAUUUGUCUAGCACAUCUUCCAGACAACCGGGCAUCAAAGCUCAGUCCCUAACCUGAAGGGAUUCGGCAAAACUGUUUUCCACGAGAUAUGGAUACUCCCUUCACAUGAUAUUCUGUUCUGCUGUGUAAGCUGUAAAGGUGCUGAAUUGAGGGACCAUAGAUUCUCUUGUGAUCUGAUGUCCCUUUCUUGAAUGGAAAUUUGGAAAAA